UACAAGCACUUCAAAAUCACCUACCCAGAUUCUUAUCAGGAUAUCCUCAAUACCUACAAAGAACUUGACAUGCUGUCAGAUGCUCCUCAAACCAUCACACAGCACACACAAACAUUUCAGAAGCUUACCAGGAGGGUAGGAAGCAUCAUGAGUGAUCUCAUGCAAGGUUUUGAGGCUGCCCUGGUCAUGUGUGGCAAUAUUGUCAAUGAAGAUGCAUCACUUGGCCAUGUUCACAUGACACCUGGUGCUAGUGGUUUCUUUGAGAGGCACUGCCAAGCCAGUGACCAUGUCAUCAUCGGGCACAUGAAAGCCCAUGUAUACAAUACUAUGUCACUUGCUACCGUGGAACAG